CAUUCCAUGUAUAAUGAUUAUUGUUGGAGGCGAAAAGGACUCAUUAGAAACUGCUAUGACUUACUUAAAUAAGAAGACUCCUGUUUUAGUAAUAGAUGGGUCUGGAAGCGCUGCCGACUUUAUCUCUAAGGGAUACAGAAUGAGCAUACAUGAAAAAGGGGAAGGAAAACUUGUGUUCUCUGAAACAUUCAAAUUAGAAAUGAUGAAAUCAGCCAAAUAUUUAAGAAUUGAAAAUGUAUGGAAAAUUCCACCAAACAGUUAUGAAGAAGUAACAGAGAAACUGCAGAAGGUUUUGAACAUAAAUCGGAAAUUUAUAUAUGUGCAUUCGGUAAAUAAUACCACAUACACAUUGGACAGGACAAUUCAAGAUAUAUUAUUCAGAAAAUGUUGCGAGGACGAAAAAGAUAAAGAAAUUCUUCACAACAAAAUACUGGAUUUUGUUGAUUUAUGGGACAGACCAGACAUUGCAGAGAAAGCAAUAUUCAAUUUAGAAAACAUAAACAAUUUGAACAGAUUGCAGACGUCACAGUACAAUCUAGGCGAAAAGUACAGCUAUUUGUCAAAACUAUUCAGAAAUGCAUUACUGAACAAUAACGUAGAUGUGGUUAAGCAAGUGCUUGAAUAUAUCCAGGAUAAAGAACUUUAUAGACUGUUUUUAGAGAACUUCCUAGAGGACUUGUAUAAGUUUACUGGCUGCUUGGCAGGAUUUUUAAUUUCGAAGCAAGACAUAUCUAAAGAAAACCACAUUGUGAGAAAGAUUAAUGAAGCUGUGAUAAAGAUAAUCGGAAUCAAAGAUUUGAAGCCUUUUAUGGAAGAUUGUACAAAAAACAGGAUACCGGAAAAAGAUAUUUUCAAGCACUUUUUUAUUUGGGCAGUACUUGUGGACUGGAGGGACUUGGCAAUGCUGUUUUGGAAGAGAGCGGACAGAGAUUAUAUUUGUUCUGCAUUAUAUGCAAGUGCCCUUGCUAAAAAGCUUGCUGAAAAUUCCAGCUCAGAAGCAUACAUGGAUAAACAGGUAGCUUUAAUGGAAAGCUCUAGAUAUUAUGAAGACCUUGCCUACAGUGUGAUGACAGAAUUUUAUUGGAUGGAUAAAAAGCAGGCUCGGAAACUUUUAGUGACAGAAGUGGAAAGAUUUAAUUAUACGACAAUUUUUGAGAUAACGGAAAAGUUUACAUUGAUGAAAUUUAUGGGACAUGCUGCAUGUCAAACGCAGCUGAAUAAGAUUUGGAAAGGUCGUAUUUUAAGUGAUACCUCGAACUGUAAGGCAAUUGCUGCUGCUUUCAUCCCGAUUUUGAUUAUGCAAAUAGUGAAUAUAGACAACACUGUUGAGAGAACAGAAAAUAAAUUUAGUCCAUCGGGAUUAUUGAAUAGAUUGGAACAGGAAGCAAUCCCAAAUGGGUUAUUUUUACAAUCUGCAGUUAACUUGACGAACUGGAUGAGAAAAAUUUAUUACUUCUACGACUCACCUUCAAUCAAAUUUAUUUUUUACGUUUUAACGUAUAUGUCAAUGGUGGUGAUAUUCUGCUUGUUUGUACUGACGGAUUUGUAUCCAAUGUCUGAGAAAACUCCAUCAGUUAAAGAGUAUUUUGUUUAUGCAUUGGCAGCAUCAAGAUUGACUGAGGAAAUUAGAAAGGCUUUUGUGAUCAAGCGAGUGUCAUUGAAUUUAAUGAACUGGUUCAGUUUGUGGACGCUUUUGGAAAUAGUAAUGUACAGUAUGUUUACUACUUCCGUAAUCCUUCGAUUUACCUUAUCAGCUGAGAAUUUCUAUCAUGCACGAAUGGCAUAUGCAAUAACAUUGGGGAUAUUCAUUAUCAACAGCAUGCAGUUUUUUCUUGUUUCUAAAUACAUUGGACCAAAAGUUAUCAUGAUUGGAAGAAUGAUGUUCGACAUUGUGUUCUUUCUUUUGAUAUUUGCUGUGUUUUUAUUUGGCUUCGGUGUCAUUUACCGAGCAACGAUGUACCCGAAUUCUACACCAGGGCUUCAACUUUUCAGGGAAAUAAUAUACAUGCCAUACUGGCAGUUGUAUGGAGAACUGUUUCUAGAUCAAUUGGAAGGAAAAGAUCCGUCAAAAUGUACGAAUAAUGCAACACUUUAUCAUAAUGGGACUAUGGAAAGAUGUCCAGAAGUUAACCAGAUUAAUACAGUAGUACUAGGUGUCUACAUGGUGAUAACACACAUAAUUCUGAUCAAUAUUCUGAUUGCAAUGCUUAUGCAUACAUUUACAAAAGUGCAAGACAACAAUGAACUGGUUUGGAAAUUCUACAGAUUUUCACUUAUCCAGGAGUAUUAUAAUAGAUCCGCAUUGAUUCCACCGUUUAGUAUCAUCAGUCACAUGAAGAUGAUUAUCAUAUUUAUCUACCAUAAAUGUACAGAAAGGAAAAAUAACAAGUUCAAAAUGAAGUUCAAUACUACAGUAAGUGCCAAUUUAGCUAUUCUAGAAGAAGAUGCAGUAUAUAGUUACCUUACUUUAUCAACUCGGUUAAAAAGAAAGCAUGCACAAAAUAUGGAGGCAGAAAAAGAUAGGUUCGUAGCUAAAUAUGAAUCAGAUACAGACCAAACAUUGCUAGAGCAAUUCAACUUACUAUCGUCUAAAUUAGAUACAAUACAGGAAACAGUUUCUAAAGAAAUGAAGAGAACCACUACAACCAGUGAUACACUACUUUUUCGGAAAGACGACGAACAACAUAUACAAUUAAAUGCACCAUCAGACUUAAGUGGAAAUCGAAAUGACAAAAACGAGGCAGAAAAAUACUGGUAUAAAGAGAGACAGAAAGAAGGUACUACAGGUAAACAAAAGCGGGAAUACAAACAGAUUGAAGUGCUUAUAAGGCCACGUGAAACCAUUCAAAAUACAUAUAUAUAAUAUCUACGUACACUGAAAAUUAAAAGAGGCUCAUAUGAAUAUCUAUCAGUAGCGGUAGUGUGUGAAAGACAAAGUUCAUUUACGUCAGUAUCUUCAUCGUCUUGAUAUGAUUGCUACUAUUGUUUUCUUAACACAGAGUGCCAAGCCAAUAUAAACAUUGACGUUUUUGAAAUAUACAUAUUCGGUGUGAGCCAAUGCUCCGUGUUGAAGGCCUUGACUUAUAAUGGUUUAUUUUUAUAAAUUGUAACUUGGAUGGAGAGUUGUCUCAUUGGCACUCAUACCACAUCUUCCUAUAUCUAUAUAAAGGUUGUUUUGUAAUAUAUUGUUUUCCUUAUUCUUGUAGUUAUUUUCAAUUGAAUAUUGUGUAUUUGAUUUAUUCAAUUAGAAUGUUAUAAUAAACAUAAAUAUCCUUAAUAGAUAAACAAUGUGUAUGUGUAUGAUAUAAUUUGGUUGUUUUGAACGUAUUUUUCAAUAAAUACAUGUAGGUCCGA